GAAAAUCAUUUUUGAUUUCAAUUUUGUCAAUUCAUUUUACUUGUUGAUUAUUCUUUUUUUUUCACCCUAAAUCAUCAAUUUAGAAAACAAUACACAGACAUAGCGAAAACACUUAACCUUGACACAGCCAUUAUUGUGCCAAAUUUUCUUUGAUUACGGUCAAAGGAAGAAAAAAUCUCACUUUUACAUAUUUUUUUAAUAUUUUUAUAUUUGCUCAAUCUCCACCACCAAAAAAACAAAAUGCCAUCUUAUCUGCCAAUUCCAAACAAUAUCCUAAUCAUUAUGAUAAUCUUAUACUGGUCACAUCAAAUGAAUUGUUCAACAACCAAUAAUUCAUCAUCAAACGUACAACAACAACAACAUCAAUCAUUUAUUAAACUAAUAAAUUCAUCAUCGAAACAGGAUCAAUUUGAACUAUUAUUAAUUUGUAUUGAUAAUGAUUAUUAUAAUAAUUCCAUUAUACAAUUAAAUCUGAUUGAUAUUGAUAUGGAACCAUUAAAUGUAUUUACAAUCAAAUCUGAUGGACAUAUUGAACCAAUCGAUAAUCUAUUAACAAUGAAAUAUUUUACAGGCACAAUAAUGAAUACCAAAUGGAAUCAUACAAUAAAAAUCUAUUCAUAUGGUAUUAUUAAUGUUGUGAAUGGUGAAAUUUCUUUAUUAAUUUCUACCGAUUCGGAUGAAUUCUAUUUAACUCCAAGUAUUUCUUUUGAUAAAAAUUUAAAUACACAUUUUAUCAAUGAAAAUCAUAUACCUCAUUCAUUUAUUGUACCAAAUAUUUAUUCAAAAUGGAAUUCUCAUAGACAUCGACGUCAUAGUUCAACUCGUUAUUGUGGUAUAAAGCUUAAAAUUGAUUAUGAUUUAUUUCAAAGAUUUAAUGAAAAUUUAAUAUUAACUGUUCAACAUAGUCAAUUUGUUAUCAGAUUUGUAAAUAAAAUAUUUUUUCAAACAAAAUGGUCAGAAAAUGGUUAUGAAAAUGCAACGGAAAAUCAUUUGGAUAGAUUUGGUAUUCUUCCAUGUGUUAUAAUUAUUGAAGUAGAAGAACAAUUAAUGAAUCCAUUGAAACCACAAUAUAAUUGGACUGAAUAUAUUGAACAAAUUUCUGACCAAAAUUAUUGUUUAUCACAUGUAUUUAGUAAUGUAAAUAUUACCGAUUUGAAUGGCCUUACAUUUAUACGACGUAUUUUCGAGAAAAUUAAUGGUGGUUUAUCAAGUUUUGCUCAUUGUAAAAAUCCAUGGGAAAUUUAUUGUAUACUAAGUGUUGUUCAUGAAUUUGGUCAUAAUUUUGGUUCACCACAUGAUCCUGAAACAAAUGAUUGUAUGCCUGAAGAAAAUGGUUCAUUCAUAAUGAGCUAUCCAUUUAAUUAUAAAAAAGGUCCAAAUAAUUUUAAAUUUUCUCCUUGCUCAAAUCGUGCCAUUUAUCAUAAUUUGGAAUCAAAAUUUGAUGAUUUUAUUGAAAUGAUUAAAAAAGGUUCUUGUCGAAAUAGAAAUAAAUGUGGUGAUCGAAUUGUUGAAGAAGGUGAAGAAUGUGAUGAAGGUAAGGAUGGUGGUAAUUGUUGCGAUAAAAAAUGCCGUUUAAAACCGAAUGCCAAAUGUAGUCAAAGUCAAACAAAUGCUUUAUGUUGUAAUGAAAAAUGUGAAUUUCGAAUGAAAGGUGAACAUUGUUUACCGAAUGAUCUCAAUUUUUGUCUAAACCAUUCAGAAUGUGAUGGUAAAUCAUAUUUAUGUCCGGAUCGUAAACCUUUACCCGAUUAUACACUUUGUGGUGAUGAACAUUUGGAUGGUGUUUGUCAUAAUGGUCAUUGUCAAAUGUGUUCAAGAUAUAUUGAAGGUUGUCAUUUUUGUUGUCUGGAAAAAUUCAAAAAAACUUGUAAACCAAAUCGAAUAUUACCAGUUGAUUCAAAAUGUGAAAUAAAAAAUAUGCCUGGUCGAUGUGAUUAUCAAGGUAUAUGUCAAAAUUUGAAUUCAAUUAUCGAUACAUUCAAACCAUCAACCAUCGGUCCAUCACCACAUCCAAUCGAUAAAUUCAAUUUCAUACUAUCUAUUAGAGAUAUCAUCUUGUUGACUAUUUUUAUUACGGUUUUCAUUCUUAUUGCAUUAGUAAUAUUGGCUAAUUAUUUGGCCGAAAGAAAUUUAUUCGAUGAAUAUGAUGGUGAAUUUCGUCAAACAUUGAUUAAUUAUAGAAGAAGAGGUUCACCCGAUACUCUUGUAAGGAUGGCAAUAAAAUAAUAAUGAUCUGGUGAUUUCUUUGUUUUUUUCCACUCUCACGCUCUCGAUAAUAUGUGACAAUCAGUUUACGAACCUAGUCUAAAUAUUUUUAUUUUAUUUUAUUUGCUGUUGUUGCAAUAAUAUUGACUAAUGAAUGUAUUAAAAAUUUU